CCCCCCCCUCCCUCCCUGCUUGGCCGAGUCCCGCUGCCUGACGAGAGAGAGCUGCCUCUCCUUCGCGGCGGAGAGAUGUGAGAAACGAGGUGGGGUGGGGUGGGGAGGGGAGGGGGAUGCGCGGAAGCUCUUACAAAAUGGCUUGGCCUCCGCGAGGUUCGCACCUCUGCGGGGGAGGGGGAGAAUAAGUGGCCUCGUUGCAAGGAGGGUGGGGGCAGGAGGAAGGAGGUUUUUAUUUUAUUUUAAGGGUGGUCGCCUGCUGCGUUGCUGCGUCGCCUCAGCGCGUGGCUCCCCCUGUGGUGGUGGUGUGGUUUGGCGGAGGGGCCUCCCCCACAAAAAGCAUGGGGUAAUUUUCCGUAAUCGUCAUCAUCAUAAAAGUCAAUGGUGAGCUAGGACUAGGGAGCUGCAAUGUUCAAGCACACACACCCCAGCUCACUCGCUCAGGCUGACCCUGCCUUAUAGGGUGGUUGUGAGAGGAUGAAAGGAGGGACAAGGGUGAGGGAGAACCGUUUAUUAGUGCUUGUUGUUUAGACAUUUAGUCAUGUCCGACUCUUCGUGACCCCCUGGACCAGAGCACGCCAGGCCCUCCUGUCUUCCACUGCCUCCUGCAGUUUGGUCAGACUCAUUUUAGUAGCUUCGAGAACACUGUCCAACCAUCUCGUCCUCUGUCAUCCCCUUCUCCUAGUGCCCUCCAUCUUUCCCAGCAUCAGGGUCUUUUCCAGGGAGUCUUCUCUUCUCAUGAGGUGGCCAAAGUAUUGGAGCCUCAGCUUCAGAAUCUGUCCUUCCAGUGAGUACUCAGGGCUGAUUUCCUUUUUUAAAAUUAUUAUUAAAGAUUUUCUUGUUUUACAGAAGUAAGUGUAAUGUCUCUCAUAUUUUUUCCAUGUAACAUUUUUACAAAUCCAUUUGUUGAGACAUUAGGGGGAGAAAAAAAAGGGAUGGAGGGAGGGAAGAUGGAUGGCGAUGUUUCUAUUAUGCUUAAUGUAUGUAGGGUUUGGUGUCAGCGUUGCUUGUGCUGUUCACUUGUGUUCCUUUGGUGGUGAGAGAGGUUGGGGUUGGCCUAGGGUGUGGGUGGUUGUUUGUGAUUGGCUGUGGUGAUCUUUGUUUUCGUGUGUGAGUGGGGUCGGUGGGUGUUUUGGAUCAGGUUAGCCAUAUUGAUUCGUAUGCUGUUGGGUGGAUUAUUGUCAUUGUCUUGUUGGGCUGUGUAUGUGAUAAAGGGGAGCGUAUAAACUUAACGAAAACAAGCGGUGUAUAAAUUUAAUGGAAUGAACAGUGCUAUAGACUUGGAAGGGGUCUCUGGCCACUGUCCAGGGCGGGUGCCUAGAGGUUAGUUAAGUUGCCCCCUGCCAAGGGCACAGGUUCUGGGGUGGGGUGGGUGUGGGCGCACAAAAAUCGCUCUUCUCCACCAUCCAGGCCUCCCUGGACCACUUUUCCGCUGCUCUGGGUGGCCAGGCGAGGUGUGCAGGCUUCACUGGGCGCCUCAACAGAGGACUCUGGUUGCUGGCGUGAGCCAUUGCACAGCCCUGCAGGUCUCCUCCCCAGUUGGCCCUAGUGGAAGAGUUGCAGGAAGAAAAAGGAAGGGAAGGAGGAAAGAGGUAGGAGGGAAGGCAGCAAGUGGAGGGAGGGAAGGAGGCAGGCAGGACACCUGCUCUAACCCAUCAGGUUCCCUCCAGGUGUUGUUGAACUCGCAGUUCCCAUCAAGGCCCAGGCAGUGUAGUCAACAGUGAUAAUGGAAAUUGUAAUACAGCACCAUGUUGGCCAUCUCUUAUAAUCUCUACUCCACAUAGGUAAGCCCUGCUGUGUUCACUUCCAGAUGAGUGUGCAUAGGAUUGCAGCCUGUCGGAGUGGGAUGCCUCUUGCUUUUGAGACAUUAAUUAUAUUAUUAAUAGCAACACCCUAGUGGUCCCGGGCCCUAAGGAAGUUAGAUUAGCGUCAACCAGAGCCAGGGCCUUUUCAACACUGGCUCCAGCCUGGUGGAACGCUCUGUCUCAUGAGAACAGGGCCCUGCAGGAUCUGAUUUCUUUCCGCAGGGCCUGUAAGACAGAGUUGUUCCGCCUGGCCUUUGGCUUGGAGCCAAUUUGAUUCCCUCCCCCUCUUUCUUUUUCCUUUUUCCUUUCUCCUCCUGUGAUGAGGCUGCAUUUUAAUAUUUUAAUGUUUCAAUAUUUCAGUGUUGUAUUUUAAUCUUGUUUUUAAGUUGUAUUCAUUCAACCUGUUUUUAUUAUUGCUUGUUAGCUGCCCUGAGCCCGUCCUUGGCUGAGGAGGGUGGGGUAUAAAUAAAAAUUAUUAUUAUUAUUAUUAAUAAUAUGGCAGAUACCUCAGUGCUGCUAUGUGUGCUAUAACGUAUUGUAAAACAAACCUUUCCUUAGACAGUCUCCUCCAUCAUCCAAUACACUGCUGGGUUGUUAGUGCUAAUUUUGCUAGUGCUGUUCUUAUGUUUUAACAUGUAACCUGAUUAUAUUUCAUCAGUCCAACUUGCCAUGAGGCAGCCAAGAGAUCUGAUCACACUUGGGUAUGGCAAGGACUGCUUUUUAACAUGUUAAAGGUAAAGGUCCAUUAGGUCCAGUCGCGGACGACUCUCACUUUAUUGGCCAAGGGAGCUGGCGUACAGCUUCCGGGCCAUGUGGCCAGCAUGACUAAGCCGCUUCUGGUGAACCAGAGCAGUGCACGGAAACGCCGUUUACCUUCCCGCCAGAGCGGUACCUAUUUAUCUACUUGCACUUUGACGUGCUUUCGAACUGCUAGGUUGGCAGGAGCUGGAACUGAGCAGCAGGAGCUCACCCUGUCGUGGGGAUUCGAACCGCCAACUGUUAGUUUCUGUUUCUCACUGUGCAGCUGUGUGGAGUCACAGGACUAUGUUUACAUUCCAGAGACCUUGCAGUCUCACGGGAAAGGGAGAUGGGAUGUGACAUUAGUGGUUUCAUGUUUCCUUUGUUCCUUUGUUCAGUUGCUCUCUGCUUCCAUAGAGAGAGGAUGUAUAUUUCUUAGCUGUCUGUGUAGCUUAGAAAUAAACUCUUUAAAAAUGUAGCUCAUACUGUCUCAUCCUUCCCAGUGCUGGGAGGACGUGCCUUGGAGCCUCAUCAAAGGCUCGAGGUCGUUAAACACGUCGGGAGGCGAUUUCAAAGGCUUGGCCGAACGGAGUUCCGAUACUGACCUUCUGAUCGGCAAGCCCUAGGCUCUGUGGUUUAACCCACAGCGCCACCCGCGUCCCUCUUUAACAUGUUACCUGUGGAUUAAAGCUGCCAUAUGUACAUCACCCUUUAGUUUCUUGAAAUUUGAUUCUUGGCUGUGCAGGUAAGCAUGGAGCCAAGCCUAAAUGUGCAGCUAAAAGAAUAAUAUUGUUUUUCCCUAUGUACCUCUGCCUCCACUUCUCUCCUCUUCCUUUUUUUCUUCUCCAAAUUUUAGACUGUAAGAUCCCUAAGGGCAGGGACCUGUCCUUAUGCACACUGACAGCUUACAGAAGAAAUAACUGCUUUGGCCAAACUUAAUUCAUCUAGAACUUGAUAAUUUCACCCUUUUGUCAAUUCCAACACAGAGGAAAACCUAGUGGGCUUGAUUUUUGCAGAUGUGGCUUAACUAAACAUGAUUUGGCUAAGCAUUUAACACAUUUUGCCCUAGAAUAAUUAAUUCUGUUACUGUUCUCUACAGAAUGAUGGAAGACAUCAGUGGUGCGUGCUUUACUGACACACAAACUGCAGUUCCUCUUGUGGAAACGGAGAGUGCAACUGAAAAUCUAACAAAUGAAGAUGUGGGAGAAGAAAACAACACGGCGAACACUUCAGAUACUUCCAGCAUAUAUAGAUAUAUUAAAGAUGGCUUGUUUACGUCAGAGAUCUAUAAAGUAGAAAUUCAAAACCUCCCCAAAUAUAUUGGUUUUAACGAAGUAAAGAAGUUCCUUGCCAAAUAUGGCCUUAUCCCUCACAAGAUAAAACUGUUUGCGAGACAGACUUUUGCAUUUGUCACCUUUAAGAGUGAGGAGGGUAGGGACAGAGCUAUGAAGGUCCUUCAUGGGGCCCAGUGGAAGAACCGAAACUUAACUGUGAGACUUGCAAAACCAAAGGCUGAUCCCAUCAUAAAGAAGAGGAAAAGAGAAGCGGAGGAGGGAGAGGAGAUGAAAGAGCAGACAGCAGCAAAGUGUUUGGCUUCAAAUAAUGGCAAAGAAGAGCCUCUGAGUAAGCAGAUAGCAGAUGUGGUGACCCCUUUGUGGAAUAUCCCAUAUGAGGAGCAGCUGGCAAGGAAGAAGGAAGAAUGUGAGCAAGUGCUGCUGAAACUGACAAGGUAAUUUUUCUGUUUGUAAUAAAUAUUAUGAUUAUCUCCAUUUCUUCUGUUUAGAAUGCCAACACUCGUGUAGCCAAAAUGGCACCAUCCAGGUACAGGAGGGGGCAUAUCAGCUCCAAGACUUGCAGAAGUGCAAUUGGGGAGGGUGUGAAUGGAAAUGAAGGGUGCAUCUCCAGAAGAGUGCACUGAGAACUGAGCCUGCUCAAUAGGCACAGAAUGCUGACUGCCUGCCUGUCUUGGGAGAGUGGAAGCAGAAGUGAGUACCCUGAACAGGAACACUCCACACUGCAGCACUUUGUUGCAGGUCUCACUUGCAAUGUAUUCAGAAAGCAUUCUGAGACUGCGCAAGCACAGUCCAAGAAACCAAGCUGGUUUUGGCCUCAGCAUUAGUGGGAAUGAAGCUGAUAAAUCUAGGAAUUAUUCUGCUUCAUUGUGCUGAGAUGUGGAUUUUCUGGCUUCUAUUCUCAAACUGCAGUUUGCAUAUUUGCAAUAAAUACUUUAGAAAUGUGUGAGGGUUUUUUUUGUUUUUGUUUUUAUAUUUCGUCCCAAAAUGCUCUGAGAUGCUCUUCUCAUCACAGGCUGCCGUACAUUGUAAGACCAGGCAUCCCCAACCUUCAGCCCUCCAGAUGUUUUGGACUACGAUUCCCAUCAUCCAUGGUCCUGUUAGCUAGGGAUCAUGGGAAUUGUAGGCCAAAACAUCUGGAGGGCCGCAGGUUGGGGAUGCCUGCUGUAAGACAAAAGGGCUGAGCCUGUUCCAUUUUUAGAUCUUCGUGCAGCAUCUUAAUAAUUUUAGGUGCUUUAUAAAUAAACACCAAUGGUCAGAUUCAUAGGUAUUUGUGCAGGGGAGGGGAGGGCAUAAUGUUCAUUGAUUAUUUUUGCUCUGAUUAUCAUGGACGAUCAAAUUGUUUUACAGGGACAUAGGGAACAACAACCGAGCUCUUCUACCAUGGCUUUUCAUGCAGAAGGAGAAGUGCGGUGGCCUAUGUUGCUCCCUGGAAGGAGUGAAAGCAUCACCAUUACAGGUCAUACAUCUCAGGAACUGCUUAUGAAGUGUGAUACUGUGAGGAAAUGAAUCAUAGGCAUGGAAGGACAGGGUUAGCCUUACUACUGCACUGUCCAUGGUCCAUAACCAAAGCUGUGUAAUUUUUGGGUGGGCACCUUUAAUCUGGUAGCAUGUUGCAGUACUGGGCAUAAAAUUCUGUAAUUCUGGAAUGGAUAGAUUAUUACCAUAUAUAUUAUUUUAGUACUCAUUUAGCCUAACCUGUUUUAAUACUGUAAUUUGCAACAAAUGUUUAUGGAUGGAAGUAGCAAGCAUGUCAGAUUUUAGAGGAGUCGGAUAGGCAUUCUAAAUUUCCCCUUACUUUACAUUUAGACUGAGUACCGCAACAAAUGUGAAUUUUUGAUCGGCAUAGGCCCGAAUCAAGAAGAUAAAACGGUGGGGUUUCGCCUUGGCAAAUACAAGGGUGGAACAUGUGCUGUAGUGGAACCAUUUGACACCAUUCACAUUCCUGCUGUAACCAAAAAGGUAGCAAAGGCUUUUCAAGAUUACAUAAGGUGAGUCCUCCGUUGGGCUGGAUGACAGACUCCUAAACACCUUGCCUGUAUAAAAUUUACCUUUUCUGUGAAACCUUUGGCACAACCUACUAGUUCCUGUGCUAUACUGGAACUAAGCCUUUAGUAUAUGUAAAUGAAAAAAUUGCCUGUUCUUCUCUUGUUUACCCCUGUCUCCAUUGCCUUCUCUUCCUGCUGUUGUCUACUCUGUCAGACAUCCUUUGAGGCAGGGACCUGCCCUCUUGUGCUUUGCCAUAUACGUUAAUGGCACUAUAUAGAUAAAUAAAGCCCAACUUAACCACAAAGCUCAACAUUGCCUGUGUGAAUUCCUUGAGGGAUUGUACCAAAGAAGGCUAAGUGGGAGCCUUUUGAUAGACAUUAGUUUUUCCAAGGAGAGAAAGAGGGAAACUUCCAGUGUGUGUACAUUUGCAGCAGUUAGUACAUAGAAUCCAUUUUUGGUUAAGUGAUGUGAACAGAUCACUGUGAAAAUUGAUGCAAUGCAGAUAUUUACAUAUCAUCCAAAAAUUAUAAUGUUCAGGAUCAGUCUCCUAGUUUAAUGUGACAGUUUCUUAGCAGAAAUAAUUUUAGCAUUAUGUGGUUAUGCUUUUUUAAAUCCAAGUUUAGUAACCAAGAAUUUCAAAAUUACAGGUCUACAUCCUAUGGUGUCUACAGCCCAGAAACCUACAAAGGUCACUGGAAACAGCUAACAGUUCGCACUAGUAGAAAUGGCCACAUCAUGGCAAUUGCUUAUUUUAAUCCACAGGUACUGAAUAUGAUUUAUGUAAUAAGGGGAAACAAGCACAUGCUUGUAAAGCAGGCAUUUCAGAAACUCUUAAUGGUUAAAGUUUUUCCUGAUUCUGGAAAUGUAUUUUGUGAAACUUACAGUGACACAAUGUUUUAAAGGGAAACGUGUCCUCAGAUGUGUUAUGGAGGGUGCACUAUUAAAAUAAGUACAAGCAUACAUAUGCUGUUAUCCCAUAGUUCUUCACUACACCUGUAAUCUGUAGCAACAUUUUUCUUUGAAGUUUGUAAAAUUAAGCAACUUAAUCAUUAAUUUUCUUUUUCUUUUUUGAAAUGUCUAGAAACUAAAUGAAAAAGAGCUUGCAGAACUGCAAACUUCUAUGGCUAAGUACUUCACAGAAGGCACUGGAAAGGACAGUGGAAUAACUUCUCUCUACUUUGUGCAGGAAGGUCAAAGGUGAUUGUUGCAUCUCAAAAAAGAAACUUAGUAUGACAAUGUAAUGUAUGGUGUAGCAAAGUUUUAGAACUUGAGCUGUAGUCUCGGCCAUUAAGGCACUUGAAUCGAAGACAACAGUGGGUGACAUCCAAUACGAAUAAUUCUCAGAGUAGACCCAUUUAAAUCAAUGGACCUAAGUUACUUAGCUUGAUUGAUUUAAAUGGUCUACCCUGAUAAUGACUUGCGUUGGAUGAUACCCAAUAAAAACUGCCAUAAAAUAUAGUAAGAUUCAAAACACUAAGCAGCCUAUAAAUCAAUAUCCCAGGAUCCAUUAAACACUAAUGGUUAUGGUCAAACAUAAUUCAGUAAAAAUUAAAGUCACCCAUAGUAAGGAGCUGUUGUUCCUGGUGAUUAUUUUUAUGAGCAUUAUUGUUGGGAGUAUUGUCGGGUGAUUGCUUUUAUGAGCAUUAGUGCUGGGAGUCGAUAUUCCUUGCAUGCUGAAAUGUAACUAUUUGUAUUUUUCUCUUACUGUUUUGUGUUUGCCAUUCCUUUGAGUAGCUUUCUUGGAUAAUGACAUCACACAGAGAAAGGGCAUGCAUAUCUAAAUCCCAUUAAGACCAGCAUUUUUUGAGCUUGCACAGCUGUGUGUUCCUGCUAAAGAAAUACAGAAUGAACGCAUUCAAAAAAGUCCCUAGAUCUUUACAGCUUUUUUGCUUGAAUUGGUUAUCUGUACUAUUGCAUCUGAAUGCACUUUAGAAGAUUAGGAUGCAAAGGAAGGAUCAUGAUUUAAACACUGUUUCUUGCUCCCUCCCUCUUCUCCCGCAAGAAAAUCACCCAAUCGUGAAGAUUUGACCUUGGAGCAUGUUGCUGGUGACAAGUACAUAUAUGAAGAUCUUCUUGGGCUAAAGUUCCGGAUUUCUCCCCAUGCUUUUUUCCAAGUAAGCAUUUAAAGCAUUGGGCUUAAGUGUUUUGUAGAAGUUGAGAUCUCUUGUUGAUUGAGUUUUGCUUAUAGUGAGGUACUCCAUAAACCGUGGGAGAGAGUGGUAGAACCUCCUCAUUGUCCUUCUAUAAUAUCCGAAAAGCCGUUUGUGAAAUCUGGAGUUCAUUGUAAAAAACUCAGGAAUCAAGAAAUCAGCAGUGGUGUAUUUUUCAAAUUACAUUUCAUCAACUUGCACACUUUUUAAACAGCAGCGUGUUAACAGCAGCACAGUCAGAGGUUUCAAGUGUAAUGGCUAAACAUGCUCUGACUUUACUUUUUUAAAAAAAAAAUAAAAACUUGGGUAGGGAGCAGUAUAUAGUGUAAUGUUGUAGAGUAGAUUUUAGCCUUUGACAUGCUACCCGCCUGCUGAAUACUGACACCCUAUACUGAUGUUGAAAUUCUGUAGGUAAACACACAGGCUGCUGAGGUUCUGUAUUCAGUCAUCCAGGAAUGGACCCAGGUGAACGAGGAGACGACUGUGAUGGAUAUUUGCUGUGGAACUGGAUCAAUUGGUAUUUCACUUGCCAAGGUGAAAUAACAUCUUUCAUGGGACAUAUGCCCUUUGGUAUUGCUUUUGUCUCCUAAAAGUACUAAUUCAAAGGACAAAGGUCACCCAACAAGUAGUCUCGCCAUGUGGGUAGCUAACUGCAUGCCCUGUGUUCUGGAAAACUGAAAACUAACAAAAUAAGUAGUGAAAUUAUGACUACUAUUGCAAAAUGAAUUAUCUUAGAGCCAGCAUAGAUGUUACUUUAAAUGUAUGGCCUGUAUCCAAAGUAGUGCUAAACCACUCAUUACAUUAGAACAAAUUUAGGAACAAAUGCCUCCUAAAUUUGUUCUGGAGGUUUUAACGAACCUUCUGCAGCAGAUUUGGGGAGGGUGUAUGUGGCCAGGUGGAGAGAGCGGCAGGUUCUGUUGUGCUAGUAUAAAUCCUUGCACAAUUAUAAAUGAACCACUCUGUAAUUGCACUUAAUAUAUCUCUUUUCUUUAAACGUUGCAGCUGUGGGGGGAUCAGGGUCAAGAAGGCACAUUAACCCCACCCCCAAAAGGUGUCAUUAGUCCCAGGAGGGAAACUGCUGAUGGUGUCAGUUGCAGAUUUGGAGGGGGGGGGCGUUUGUUGGUAUUGGGAUAUGAGGGGAAAGGUUUUAACUGUGUGUUGUGGUCCUGACAAGGUCACCCAAGUGUAUUUUUCCUUUUGGCCCCUAGGCUCACUUAUGAUAUAGUUUGAUAGAUUUUGGGGUGCAGUUUUCUUUCUGUUGCUGGGGCCAGGGUAAAGGCAGAACAACCAAUCCUUUGCUCUUGCUCCUCCUUUUCCUAGCUUCCUUGCAAACCUAAUCUUUUCAUCAGCCUCUCAGGUUUAAAACUGAGACACUCUCUAAGGUCCCUAAAAGCACUAGCUCUGCUUAUUUUUGUAACUAUUUUUUUGUUUUGAGAGGUUUAGAUUAACUGCAAACAGCCCCUCUGUAAACCUGUUUUCAAGUCUAGUUCAACUCUGGAGUGGGAACACACAAAAAGGUUGAAGCAGCCUAACAAGAUAGCUCCUCAAGUUGCAAUAUCCAUAUUUAUUUUGCUUGGUACUCAACUAAAAAUGUAAAACUGUACAUUAUUGCUUUCGUUCUACAGAAAGUGAAGAAAGUUAUUGGAAUUGAACUUUGUCAAGAAGCUAUUGAAGAUGCCAAAGUGAAUGCUCAGCUUAAUGGUUGGUAAAAGAAAGCAUAAUAUGGGAUCUCAGACUUUAAAGACAGCUCUCAUUAUUAAGCAAUUCACUUUCUAGUCUCUUCUGUCCCAAUUUUUUUUUCCUUGACUACUUGUCAAGAUGUUUUAGACGAUUAUUAUUUGCCAGAACUGAGCUCUGUGUUGACGUUGAAUAAAUGUCAACUAAGGGAUUGGCUCUUCUGGAUAAAAUUCAGAAGGGACCUGCAACUAAUUAGGAGCACCAGGUUUUCUCUUGGUAUCUCCUCUUGAGAGCAGAACAUUUCUCCUUAAGAAAUCUGACCAGCUUCCUUAAAAAAAGCAUUAUUGAGCUGUGUUUCAAGUGAUGCCCACUACAGUCUUGGAUGGGCACUACAACAUACACAGACAGACUUUGUAUUUGUGGUCAACCUCAGAUGGAAGACCUCCAUCAUUAUCUGUUAGUCUUCCCCUUAUGUAGAGACCCAAGAGAUCACUUUCUGAAACCUUUGUUCGCAAAAGCAAGCAGGUACACACCAGCAGAAAUGGUCUGGUUUCUGAGCAGGGCCAUCUUUUUCCCGGGGGUGCAAGGGGUAUGGGGCACCUGGCCGUUGAAUUCGGGGGCAGGGCGCCAGGCGCCCACCACAGAAGCCGCCUAAGCGUAUUGUAUCGAGCUGCUAUGCGGCAGCGGGGUCAGUGGCACCUUUGACACGACUGAUCUUGUGCCGCCUGCCUGCUAAUGUUGCUGCAGGGAGAGUUCUCUGGAAAGUCUCGCUCACCGAAGCUGGGAGGAGGGGGAGUGACAGGAAAGAGGGACAGACAGAAAGAGAAUGCGUCUAUCUAGCGAUGGGAGCACGCCCAGGCUCUGGAAGAACUCGUAUACGUGCUCUUGCAAGGGCCCUCCCAGCUCCUCUAGAAAUAAGGUUGUUCCCACAAUGAAAGGCUGCUUGAGAUGGCUCUCCCACACAUGCACACAAUGCCCACCCGUCUCAUUUUCCAGACACCUCCCUACGAUUGUAAGCGCGUGUGUGGAGUCUUUACACUGACUUCCAAUGUGUUCUUUGUCUUCUUUAGAAAAGUGUGUUAAAAAACACACACAAAAACCUCCCUUUUGGAGCCACGCAAGCAUGAGUGCUAUUUUAUCAAAUGGUAAUAGUGACGUAAAGGUAAAGGGACCCCUGACCAUUAGGUCCAGUCGUGGCCGACUCUGGGGUUGCGGGGCUCAUCUCGCUUUACUGGCUGAGGGAGCCAGUGUACAGCUUCCGGGUCACGUGGCCAGCAUGACUAAGCCGCUUCUGGCGAACCAGAGCAGCGCACGGAAACGCUGUUUACCUUCCCGCCGGAGCAGUACCUAUCUAUCUACUUGCACUUUGACGUGCUUUCGAACUGCUAGGUUGGCAGGAGCUGGGACUGAGCAACGGGAGCUCACCCCAUCGCGGGGAUUCAAACCGCCGACCUUCUGAUCGGCAAGUCCUAGGCUCUGUGGUUUAACCCACAGCGCCACCUGCGUGACAUGUGACAUAAGGCAUAAUAAAAGUUAAUUUGGGGGCUAAACUAAAUUUGGGGGCGCUGGGCAGAACUUUGCACCCCAGUGGCACAUAUGCUAAAGACAGCCCUGUUUCUGAGUGACAAUAAUACCUUAACACAGAGUGGCCCUGUGUUAUGAAGGUAUUAAAAUCACAAUUUUUUUGCAGGGACUGUCUGGUUACUGUACCCAAGCUGCUUGCAGUUAUUUAGUGAGAGUAUGCAGGCUAUAGGUAGCAGUUAAUAAAGCAGAAGGAUGUGAGUUAUGACCUAAAACUUUUACUGUAAAAUAUAUUAAGAUUUUUUGGUUACUAAAUAAAUCAAUAGUCUGACCACUGACCCAUCUAGCCAGCACUGUAGUUUAUUCUGACUAGCAACACUUCUCUAGGACAAUGGGCAGAGCUUUCCCAAUCCCGUUACUUUGGACUUUCUGUGUAUCCUGUUUUGGAACAGUAGAUAGUGCCCCUGUAGUUCAUGCAGCAAUGCAUGUAGUUUAAAUCAAUCACCUGCAAUCAUGGCCUUAGCCAUGUUUCUGAUGGAGGUCUCUGUGCCUGAACAAGUUGCCUACCUUAGAGCCUUUAUCAUGAAACUGCAUAUUGAUCCUGAAGUAGGUUACUUUAAGACUUCUUUUAAAAAAAAUUUUUUAAUUGAGGAGUGAAUGAAAACCUGUAUUUUAAGAGACUUGUUUUGCACUAAAUUGUGGAUGAGGUAAACAUUUACUUCAGAGGAACUGUAUUAAUACUUUUUCAACCAGCAUGGACAUGGAAAAACUGACAAUUGCAAGCAUCAGUUAUUAAAGGAAAUAUUGAUGGAGCAUGUGUAAAUAAGCAAAUGUGUUACACUGUUUUGGAUUUGUUUUCCCUCUCCAGAGCUGAAUAAUGUUGAAUUCCACUGUGGAAAGGCUGAAGAUCUUGUUCCUUACCUUGUUAACUUCCUGGACCUGCAGAAUUCUAUUACAAUUGUAGAUCCUCCUCGAGCAGGGCUGCGUGAGUUUUGUUUUGUGACCUUCUUUUAGUGGAAUAGUUUGAAUAGAGAUGGAGGUGUGCAACAUAGUGAGAGUAGUGACAAAAGUAAAUGGGGAGAUGUGCUAGUGGGCAGUGAGAUCAGCACUGAGAAUAAAACAAAGGGAAAGUGUUUCUGGUUCUGCAGAUCAGCUGUGGAAUUCCUUGGGUGCAGAAAUACAGCAAUUAGGUCCUUUCAGGCAGGAAAGACUGGUUGAUGACUUCAAAGAAUAUUGUUAGUUAAAAAUAAACCUAUUUUUUGCUGGCUAGCAGAGAGCACAUAACCUCUUCUAAUUUCAAUGUAGACUUCAUAUUUUUCUGAUGUCAACUAUUCGCCACAGUUUAAUAAUAUGGACCACUUGGGUCCAUUCCCCGUUCUUUGUUAUGAUGGAUGGGUUCAGGGUGAAGAAAUAUGGUUUGUAUUGUAACGAGGGCUGUGCUAUAAAUGGAUAUAUUGUCUGGUUUUAGAUCAAAUCGUGAUAACAGUUUUUUAAAAAAUGACUUUGCAAUUUAUUGCAUAUUGUGUUUGUGGCAUUAAAAUAUCACAAUACUGCAAAAACCAGGAAGCCGAUGCUUCUUCCUGUGUGUGCAGCCCUUGCUAACUCCACCUCAGACAGCUCUUUCCUGCCUCCUGCAGCAACAAGAAAUACCGUACUUUUCCAUGUAUAACACACCCUCUUGUAUAAGACGCCUCCUAUUUUAGGGGACUCAAACUUAAGAAAAUGGGGGGAAAUUGCCCAGAGUUCUGCAAAUACAAAAGGCAUCUCUAUAGCCAGAGAACGCCAAAAUGCAAAUUUUCCUUGCAAAAGAUUAAAUUUCAUUUAAUAAUUUUUGUUCUGUAAACUUUUAUCCAUUCUUUCUGGUUUGGCUUGGUUUAUAAAAGAAAUGCAGUUUUUCCAGGCAAUGAAAAUACAAAUUUUGUUUAUAUUUUGUACAGUUAAAAUUUAUCCAUUCCAUUCUUUCUGUUUUGGCCUGGUUUAGAAAAUAAAAUUAACAAUCAAUUUGGUGUUGUGCGAUGUAUACAUUCAACUAAGACUCAAUAGUGAAUUAUAUUUGAACAUCUAAAAGUAUGACACUGAAUUUGUUUUUUUCUUGUUUAGUAAUGUAAUUAAAUUUUUAGGGAAUGCUACUAAUUACUUCUACAGCUUUAGAGAAAAUGUGCUAUUGGUAAAGUAAUACUAUAACAUGUUGUAAUAAAAUGUUAAAGGUAAGUAAAAAUCUAUCAGUUUUAUAGAUAGACCCAUAUUUAGUAGCAGUCGGCAGGACAUUAUCAUGACAUAGCUCCAGCCUUAUUUCAGAUAUCAUGACAUCAAAAUAUUGCAAUGUUUAAUUGGUGAUACAUUGUGAUGUAGAAAGCCAGAUAUUGCCCAGCCCUAAUUGUAACAGAGUGGAGCUACUUCAUGUCAGGCGGUGCUAUCACAGUAAAGAAUCUAAUUUCAGUUUUUGUCAAAAUGUUACCAUUGCAGAUUCCAAAGUAAUUGUUGCAAUCCGAAAAGCAGAACACAUAAAGAAGCUUAUUUAUGUAGCCUGCAAUCCUCGAGCUGCCAUGAACAACUUUCUGGAGUGAGUUUACAAUGGUGCUGGUGGGAUGGAGUAAUUUUUAAAAAGUGUUGAUCCCUUCUCUCCCCCCCCCCCCCAUCAGCAUUGAUUUUCAAUGUUUCAAACAGAUUAAUAACCCAUGGGAUUAGGAGGUUAGUUAAAUUUCUAACUUAAGUGAGGUGGGAAAGUUAGCCCUGGCACUUAAAGGGCUUUGAACGGAGCAAAUGGGCUUUGCCCUUUUCAGCCACAUCAUCUUUGGGGCACCUUGGAGGGGUGAGCUUAGUGGAUGUGGGUCUAACAGUGGAUGGGGCUUCAUAGGUUUCUGAACUCAUGCAUUCCAGGAGGGCUGGCGAGGAAUGUGGCCUGGAGUGAUAUUUGGCCUCCAGACCUGGUACCCCAUUCCUGGCCCAAUCAAUUAUAAAGAAAUGUGUAAGACUAAUACUGGUCUCUUUGGUAGCCUUUGUCGAGCUCCUUCGAAUCGUGUCAAAGGAAGCCCUUUUCGUCCUGUUAAAGCAAUAGCCGUGGACCUCUUCCCUCACACUAUGCAUUGCGAGCUGCUGUUCUUCUUCGAAAGAGUUCAGCAUUCAAGUGACAAGCCUUCUGAAGCAGUCCAGAACUCAACUGAAAUUCCAGAAUUGAAACUGGAAACAGCAGGUUCUACAGAAGAAGGCGAUGCAAAUCUGCCUAAAGAAGAGGAAACCCCUGACUGUUCCAGCAAUUGAUAUUUAUGCCAACUGGCUAGGCUGUGCCUAUUUUCAUUCUUAAAAUUCAAAACAGCUGCUGUCCUGUUUAAGAAAAUUGGAACAUUGGUUGCUGGGACUUCGGAAUAGUGGCCAAUUAUCAAAACUACUUGUACAAUGCAAUCCUGUACGUGCCUGCUCAGAAGUCCCAUUAAGUUUAAUAGGACUUACUCCAAGGUUAAGUAGGUAAAGGAUUGCAUCAUCAUUGUGUUGCUCUAGAGUUGUCUAAAGCUUAUAGGAGGCAGAAUGUUGGUAUAUGUGUGUAUAUACACACAGAGAUGAAAUUUGUUUUUAUGCCAAACUGAUUUGUUUUUAAAUCAUGGAACAAGAAAGGUGAGGGGUGACUAGGGAAGCUAUACUGCUACCUUAGAUAGUAAAUGAUUAACAAAACCAGAUAUGCCAAUGAUGUAACAAGCUUUCUCAAUAAAUGUUCAAAAUAUUAUUUUAAGAUUAGGUGAAUGCAAAAGCAAAUACUGUACCACAAUAUCCAGUUCACACAGGUCUGAAGAGGAAUUAUCUGCAAUGAGGAGGGAGACAGGGAUUUCUAGCACCCCAACUCUGGAGCCUCAGCAAUGCUACAUUGCUUAUGAUGUGUCUGUGUGCCUAGGCCACUUCAGCUUUAAUGUGGAGUUCUGUCCGCAUCAACAAGGACCAGUUUGUAUGUGCUUAAAAUUGCUACUAUAUAAUAAAUGAAAUAAGUUAUUGAUUAUUUUUUUACUCAUACAUUCAAUAUUAAUGGGCUAAAACACAAAGACAUUUAGUCAGGUGGCAGUCCUACUAUAAAAUGUUACAUACUGACAAUUCCAUGACUUCCAUCGAGAAAGUUAUGAUUUAUAUAUAUAAGUAUUUAAUGAAACAAUGACCUGCAGCACCAGUUACUCACAGCAUCUUAUGCAAUAUCAAACUUUAUUGCUCAAAACUAAUGUUUGUGGGGGAAACAAGUACUUAAAAGACCUAACACACAGGCUCAACGAUAGAGGCUUCAUAGUUGUACCAACUGACCACCGGCAUUGAGAAACUGCACUCAACAUACAAUCCAUACAGCACCCAAUAACAUUGAGUUGGUCACAUUAACUUUUAAAAUACAAUAUUGUAAUUGAUCACUGCAAGUUGUUCCAAAUGGCUGACUUAAUUUGGAACCAUUUCUACAACAGCUAUUUCCAUUUUCUGACCAGAACCAAAGAAUUACAGACUAGGGCUAGAAAGGAUACUUUUGUUAAGUGUGACAACCAUUAGAACAGCAUAGAUAGAUACUUGUUUCCAGCAGCUGGAAAGCCAAGUGCUAAAACAGUUAAUAAAGCUUAAUUGGAUGUUUUAAAUGGGUAGUAUUUCCCCCCCCCCCCCAGACACACUUAUGUUAGUAAAUUUCCACUCAGUAUCAAACAUUCAAAUAAGAACCAAUUUUUAUCUUUUUUAAAAAAAAAACAUCUGUGAAGAAGCACAUACUAAUAUGUAAUAUGGAAAGCAAAAGCUAUCCCUAGAGGAUGGAACAGCUAUUAGUGAAGACCAUCCACAAUGAUAUUGAUUUACUGAGAGAAAAAGAGGGCUCGAAACAGUUUUUGCUUUAGGCAUUGUUAGGACUGAAACCAUUACAGCUGACUAACUAGGAGAAAAAAAAUCACACAAGUUACAAAACAAUUUUGGAUGUCAAAUCACGCUGCAUAAGUACUCAUGCAGAAGCUGAAAUUAAUGUAAUGAUUAACCCUCUUAUCAUAGCAGCUUAUGCUCAUCUGCAAAUGCAAGACUGUUACACUUCAAACAAAAUAGUAAACAUCAGAAAUACAAUACUUCACAGUGACAACAGUAGUUACAUUGUUUGUUCCAGCAGUUAUUGCGCUUUGCCUGAACAUUUUGCCAAAGAGGCUACAGCACAUCAAAUACUUUUUUUAAGAAAAAUGCAUAAUUUGUACUAGCCUUUGGUUCACAAUGACACAUCUGGAUGUUUAAGGGCAGUGGUCACCUUUUGCAGGAUUCAAAUCUUGGCAGACUGAGGUAAGACUAAAGCAAGAUGGCCAGCGUGGCAAACACUUAAAAGAAUGAGGCAUCUAUGGAUAUAUAUGCUGCAGGUACCCUGCAAAACAUUCUGAUUUUGGAAAAUAUAUAUGCAGAAAUUUGUUGAAAAAGUGCAGUCAGAAGUAGGCUUUUUUUUAAAAAAGCAAGGAAUGCACAGAUGUAAACACCUACGUUAAAAGGCAUAGAAGAAAGCCUAUUUGACUUUUAACAACUUUUUAAAGUACUACAUCAGUGAUGGACAAAGAUGAAGACUAAAGCUAGAUUUUCUGUAGAACAGAGGCAGUGCAUUUAGAACUAUGUCCUACUCAUUAAACAAAUUGCGACCAUUUUCAGAUGUGCUGAAUAAAGUUCCAAAAUAAAUUCAUUCUGU